AUGACGCCCUCAAAGCGCAUGCGCCUCGGCACCAAAAGCUGCACGGAGUGCCGCCGAAGAAAAGUCCGCUGCAUCUUCCGAACAGACGAGGGCGCCUGCGAGGCAUGUCUAGCUCAUGAGGUCGACUCGCUUACGGGAUCUCGAGGCUAUUGUCCGCAAGUUUCCUCCGAGUGCAACGGCGUCGCCCCCUUCGACUUUGUCGGAGACGCCGCGUCUGUCGUGCGUGAACGAGAUGCCUACGGCGACCAGUCCUCUACCACAACACUCGUGCACUUACAGGCGACAACGCUGUCUACCGUGGGCGGGAUGCCCGUGUCGGCAGCAAAGCGUGGCGGAGUCGAGCUGUCGUCAAAGGAGCCGCCCGUCGAAAAUUCGCCAUUGAUGCUUCUAUUCAAAGGCGCCUCACUACUGGAUAGAGAGAAGGGGACCGAGUCUUCGACACCACCGUUGAGCGUCUCAACUUCAUCGGGCCUGCUUCAACAUCGAGAUUGUCUCGUAUCGCUGCUACCAUCGACACAAGACCUUGACCAUAUUCUAGGAGCCACAGAGAAGUAUUGGCCGAUAUGGCCGCCCUACUACUAUGGAGAGCCCGGGGCAAUCGACGCCCUGAGACCCGGAAAAAGGCAACUGGCGCGACAGCUUAUCAGACGCCUGAGACGCGUCUUGUCCAUUGUGAACCUUGCCUACGCUCAGCACGACCUGGUUGACACGUAUAUUAGACUAGCAAAGUCCCUGCUGGAGCUGGACGCGGAGCGCGGUGGAACUAUCGAUGGAAUUGAGAGCAUGAACAUGCUGUACAAGCUGUACAUCAAUAUGGGGCGGCCGCGAAACGCGUGGUAUUGGUGCCGACAAGCCAUCACCAUGGCCGUGAGCUGCGGCCUCCCCGGCAAGGCGGACGCGCUGGACAUGCGCACCGCGUAUGCGUGGUCUACGGCAUGGCAAAUGGAGCGAUUCAUGGCCCUGAUGCUAGGGGGUGCCGACCUCCGUCUCAGCAAACCACCCAGGAACGUCGUCCAACUCUCCUUCCGCCCCGCCAUCAACCGCGACCAGGCGCACUAUGCUGCAGACAACUAUGCGACGACUGUCGAGAUCGACCAAGACUUGGAAGAGGCAUACCGCCUCUUCUCAGAAGAACACUGGAUGCCUCUGUCACCGAACAUGCCGUUCUCUGACUGCUGGAACCAGCAAGCUAGCAAGCUCAUCUUCUUCACGACCCUCAAGUUGGUGCACAUGCCGUACAUGCUCAAGUCGGCGGGCGAAUCAAAGUUCCUGCAUAGCUGGCACCGCGCCAUGGAAGGCGCGCGCGGCGCGGCGAAGGCAUACACCGACUUUAAAGCGUGGCCUAGUGCGGGCGAAGACCUAUGCGAGCUAAUGGACUUUCAAGCCUUUAGCGCAGCCAUGGUCCUCAUCAUAGGGCACCUGAUAUCCCCUGCGAGGGCUACACCACUCACCAAAGAGCAGGACUGGGCGCUUGUCGCAGACGUGUCCCUCUGUCUGCGGCAUACCGUAGCCAUCGUGGACUGUGUCGUCGCCGCGCAGGCUGCCCGCAUUCUAGAUAUAAUCGACGCGGCACGGCAUGGCGCCUACAUUGCCGACGAUGACUACGCCGUAGACGUCCCCUACUUUGGGAGAAUCCGCAUCGAUAAGAAGACAACCUCGGCAGAGAACCUGAACGGUAGCGACAACAGCUGCACCAGCUCUCAUCUUAGCCUUAGUCCUGUGCUGCCCGUCGAAUCAGUAGCUAUACCCACGGACACGCACUUCAACACCGUCGAAUUUAGCACCAACAUCUUCACGCACGAGUACCCCUUCAAACUCGACUUCGAGACGGAGCUCUGCUUCGACUGGGCGGACCCAUCACUGCUGUACGCGGAGACCGACUGGUCCCAAACGUUUAGAUGUGGCCCGUUCUACCCGUUGGACAGCUAG